AUGCUAAAAGUCUUAAUCCCCACAAUCAUGAUAUUCCCAACAAUUUGACUGGCUUCACCUAAAUGACUAUGAACAGCUACCACCGCCCAUGGCCUCCUAAUUGCCUUUAUUAGCCUCUCAUGAUUUACCUGAACUUCAGAAGCUGGAUGAACUUCAUCCAACGUCUACUUAGCUACAGACCCCCUAUCAACACCUCUCUUAGUUUUGACAUGCUGACUCCUCCCCCUAAUAAUUUUAGCCAGCCAAAACCAUAUUAACCCCGAACCCAUUGCACGUCAACGCCUGUAUAUCUCACUUCUUACCUCUCUACAAGCUUUUUUGAUUAUGGCCUUUGGCGCCACAGAAAUCAUUAUAUUUUACAUUAUAUUUGAAGCCACUCUUAUUCCUACACUUAUUAUUAUCACCCGCUGAGGAAAUCAAACCGAACGUCUCAACGCAGGUACCUAUUUUUUAUUCUACACCCUAGCCGGGUCCCUGCCUCUUUUAGUGGCCCUACUGCUUUUACAACAGUCAACAGGAACUCUAUCUUUACUAAUUAUCCAAUACACCCCACCUAUACUGAUAAGCACUUGAAGCCAUAAAAUCUGAUGGGCAGGUUGCUUAAUCGCAUUUUUAGUCAAGAUACCUCUUUAUGGUGUACAUCUAUGGUUACCAAAAGCACAUGUAGAGGCCCCCGUUGCAGGAUCCAUAGUUCUGGCCGCAAUUCUACUAAAACUUGGGGGAUACGGGAUGAUGCGCAUAAUAAUGAUAUUAGACCCACUCUCUAAGAACCUAAUUUACCCAUUUAUUAUUUUAGCACUUUGAGGCAUUAUUAUGACCGGGUCUAUUUGUUUACGACAAACUGACCUUAAAUCAUUAAUUGCCUAUUCCUCUGUAAGCCACAUGGGCCUUGUGGCAGGAGGGAUCCUAAUCCAAACGCCAUGAGGUUUUACAGGAGCAAUUAUCCUUAUAAUUGCCCAUGGCCUAGUAUCCUCAAUAUUGUUCUGUCUAGCUAAUACGGCUUAUGAACGAACCCACAGCCGGACUAUAGUUCUCGCUCGAGGUUUACAGGUAAUUUUCCCUUUAACAGCUGUCUGAUGAUUCAUUGCAAAUCUAGCCAACCUAGCACUACCUCCACUGCCCAACCUAAUGGGGGAACUUAUAAUUAUUACCACUCUCUUUAGCUGAUCCCCCUGAACCAUCGCACUUACUGGACUAGGAACACUGAUUACCGCAGCCUACUCCCUUUACUUAUUCUUAAUGUCUCAACGUGGCCCAACACCACACCAUGUUAUAAAACUCUCCCCAUUCCAUACCCGAGAACAUUUACUAAUAGCUCUCCACCUUAUCCCGGUAAUUCUCCUUGUAACAAAACCAGAACUAAUGUGAGGGUGAUGUUACUA